CUUACGAAUGACUUAAGGUAACCUAAGAGCAAAAAAAAGAACUAGCAAUUGCUAGUCAGACGCCGGCUACCAGAGAAUAAUUUCGAAAUUUGCCCUGAAAUGUUCAUGACGCGUAAUAUUACCACAUAGCUUUUCACUUUCAAUGAUGGUCUAAGACUCUAGUGGGGAUUUCUGGAGUGAAGCGUCUAUAUAGAAAAUAAACAGUGAUGGGACCAGCUGCAGUUGCAACAAUGUUCCGGCACGUAUUACCUCGAGUAGCAUAAAGCUUUGUGCCCGUGAUCGACAAGGACCAGCAGCUUUGCCUAUAGAGUUGGUCACGUAUUACCUCUCCACUCAGUGUACGGGAGCUGCCAACCUUGCCACUACUCCUUUUACAACCAGUCACCCAUGCGAAUUCCCCACAUCCGCCGCCCUCGUUUUACCCCUCUGGCUCUACAAUCGAUCUACAUCCAACAGUCGAUUGGCCCUCGUUAAUCAUGCAGGAUGAGGUCCUACUUCGAUUAAGCGCCGUUUUCGUGUGUGCUAUCUACAAAUGGUCGCGCAGGUAAUCGAUCCUGUUUACGAUAGGAGACUACUACGUGUCAAGGUGGAACAUAUUGCCAGGGCUUUCCAAACGAUCCUUAUUACUCCAGGAUCCUAAAUCAAGAGUCUGCUAGGUGAACGAGAGUUAUACGGUCCCUGCUUACCCAGCCUCCGAUAGAGGUGGACCGGUGGGAUGGGAUACUUCAAACUACUCUGGAAGGUAGUCCAUGUCCGCAGAUAGACUUUCUGUAUAUGAAUUUGACCGGAAGUGAAGACUGCCUUUACCUUAAUGUAUAUACGCCGAAGACCUAUUUCUACGACCUGAAUAGGAAUCUUAAGCCAGUAAUGAUAUGGAUAUAUGGCGGUUCUUUCAAAUCGGGAUACUCGAAUAGUUCUCUGUAUGGACCAGAUUUUAUUAUCGAGCAAGGAAUUGUGCUGGUUACGUUUAAUUAUCGUUUGGGUCCAUUGGGCUUUUUAUCGUUGAAUCAUCCAGCUGCUACUGGCAAUGCUGGAUUGAAGGAUCAAAAUUUAGUGUUGAAAUGGGUGCGCCGAAAUAUUGCUAAAUUUGGUGGUGAUCCUGAUAACGUUACACUUUUUGGCCAAAGUGCUGGCGGUGCAGCUGUAGAAUAUCACAUGGUUUCUGACAUGUCCCAAGGGUUAUUCCAUCGCACGAUUUCCAUGAGCGCUUCUAUACUUUCUUCCUGGGCUUUUCAUUCGCCGACUCACGCCACUAAACGAGCUUUUAAGCUUGGAAAUGUCCUCGGGAUUGCUGCCACAACAAAGGAAGACCUUCUUCGGACUUUAUACAAAAUCCCUGCGUACGAGCUGGUAACAGCUUCUGAAAAAGUGAGCAAGGUAGGACCCGCUUUUAAACCGACGUUAGAGAAUUUUCGAGUCUCUUCGAAAAGCCAAAUAUUUCUUUCGGAGUGCUCCCUGAGGAAAUUUGUCGCAGGGAACUUCAGUAAGGUGCCCCACAUGAUGGGAUUUACAGCAUAUGAGACAAUACUCUUUGCGACGGAAAAUGCCAAGGAAACGUUACGUUCCGUAUUAUCAUAUUUCGGUCCAUUGCCUUCUAAACUUUUUCCAAAUUCGAAAUACCUGCUCGAUCCAAAAAACUCUAACGCCGUCUUAUCAGAUCCUACCAUCAUGAGUCUGAUUAACGAAACCUCGGAUAUCUUUUUCAUAGCCGGCAUAGACGCAAAGCAAAGAUUACUCAAUGCUUAUGGUUCCCGACCAGUGUACUACUACAGAUUGUCAUUCGACACUAAAUAUUCGUUACACAGGUUAUACUACAAUAUCGAUUUAGAUGGCACUGCCCACGGAGACGAUAUAGCCUACCUCUUCUAUACUACACUAACGGAUAUCCCAUUCAGUAAAGAAAAGCGACUAUCAGUCACCAGAGACAGAAUUGUUCGUAUGUGGACGAAUUUUGCGAAAUACGGGGAUCCAACGCCGCGUGGGACGGACGACAGUUUGCUGAAUGUAUUUUGGCCCGGAUCGGGAUCUUCAGGAAUACAUUUGGAAAUUGGUGAUGAGCUUUCUGUAGGACCGCGACCAAUUAAUUUGCGAGUACGGCUUUACGAGCUGGGUACAAAAGUACCAGUACAAAAUGGAUGUAUAUUCCCAUUCUUAUUAUCCUAAUUGAGUUAUUUAAGUAAUUAUAGUAAAACGUCUACUUAUUUGUCGUCGCUUAUAAACCAACGAAGGACUCUGUGAAUCCGGAAUAUAUUAAUUGAUGAAUAAAUUCAAAUUAUACAUUAA